CGGGGACGAGGCUAUAUAAAGCAUCCGUGCACCGUCCGCACCGACCUUUCCGAACGCACCAUUCAAGCCGGUCCGUGGACGCCAGCCUCGGAGCCGCAUCUGUUGAAUGUCCUUCAGUUGUCCAGUAAACACCGCUCGUCCCAGAGCGUGGGUCUGCGUUUGGAUUCAGGCGACCACGUGCUUCACAGCUUCUCUGCGGAAUUUGCAGAGCGUCCCUGGACAUGAGGCACUGUGGGUGCAGCAACUUCGGGCCCUUCGAUGGCUGCGCUGCGUCGGACGUUGCGGGUUCCGCCCCUGCUGGCCAGGUCGCGCGCCUCGGCGGGUCGGCAGGGCGGGCCCCUAACAACCUCUGGACUUUACGCCCCAGAAGCCUGGCUCUUAAAGCCUAGGGUGCGUGUGCCACGUGUUUGCAACUUUGACCUAAAACCUUCACUGGGUGACUCGUGUUCUCCGCCCGUGUCCUCAGCUUCUCUGGCCACUAGCUGCCUGGCAGAUCGCCACCUUUGGGACCAGCUGCAUGCUCAGCCCCGUCCGGGGAGUGUCCCCACCUUCGACUGGUUCUUUGGCUACGAGGAAGUACAGGGACUCCUCCUCCCGCUCCUGCAGGAAGGCCGGGCUGCCUGUCCACUCAGAGUGCUGGACGUGGGAUGUGGGACCUCAGGCCUGUGUACGGGUCUCUACACCCAGUCGCCACAUCCGGUGGACGUGCUAGGCGUGGACUUCUCUCCUGUGGCGGUGGCUCACAUGAACAGUCUCCUGGAAGGUGGCCAAGGCCAGAUCUCCCUGUCCCCAGGACACCCUGCCUCCCGCCUCCACUUCAGGAAAGCCAAUGCCCAGAACCUGGGACCCAUAGCUCCUUCAGGCUCCUUCCAGCUCCUGCUGGACAAGGGCACCUGGGAUGCCGUGGCCCGGGUUGGGCUUCCUGGGGCUCACCAGAUGGUGUUGGAGUGCCUUAGGGUCCUGAGCCCACAGGGGACCCUCAUCCAGUUCUCUGAUGAGGACCCAGAUGUGAGAUUACCCUGUCUAGAACAAACAUGCCAUGGCUGCACUGUGACCAUUCAGGAGUUAGGGCCUUUUGGGGGCAUCACCUACUUCGCUUAUUUUGUUAAAAGUGGUCAUUAAAACACUAGUCCUGACUAGGGUUUCCGUUGGGAAAGAAGAGGAUUGGAAAAAGCUUUGCUUUGGAGUGUGGACGACUGGAAGGAGAAUUCGGGUCCUGGCAUCCACAUCCUGCACUCCAGUUAACUCGCCUGCAGAGUGGGAAUGAUACCUGGGCUGCAUAUAGUCACCUGAGACAGCCAGUGGCACAAGAACUGCCUUUUCUCUUCUGAGUCUACAUGUACCAGCUCCGUGUGCAUGAGCACCACCUCACCUGGCUCUCCACUCCCGUCCUGGACGAAGGCCGUGGCUUCUGCUUCCUCACCAUCUGUAAGCAGCAGCAGCUCUUCCUGUGGCCACUGGAGAUUCCCCACCACCUUCAGUCUCCAAGACCUCCAUCAUGAUGGAGGGUAGACAGGGCUUUUGAGAGACUCCUUGGGCAAGGACAGUGGGGAGUUGACCCAACUGGAAGAUGAGCCAGCCAGGAUCCAGAUUGGGGAGGUACAUUACCAACCUGCACAUCCUGAUGACUUUCAAGCCUGUCUCCCUCUUCGGCUUUCCAGAGACGACUGGUCAACUUGGGACUUUCUGGUUGCCAGGAGCCCAGGCCAAGGCCUGUUCUGGCUUCCCGGCAUGAGGGCCAUGGUUGUGGCUCACAGUUUUGAGCACCGUUUUCCACUCCAACUGCCUUUUAAUUUUUGCCCCUUAAUCACUGUGAGGAGAGGGGGUGACAUGCUAGGAGAUCAUGGGCCUUAGGGGGCUGAGAGAAGCCCAAGAGGUGGAAGAGGAGCUUUGUUUUUGUUUACUCCCUAAAAGUAGACAGCAAGGGCGUUGGGAUUAGCGCCCUGAGUGAAGAGCAGUGACAGUGGACUUGAGAUUCUGACCCUUUGCUUACUGGUUUUCUCAAGCUGACUUGCCUAUUUGUGCCUUUAAUAAAUUUGUAUGUGGUGUUCACUA